AUGAGUCGAAAUCAAUCGCCUAGAAGAUUUUAAAAUGUCUUAGAUAAAAGACAUUAUAGCAAGUGUUCUGAAAUCAAAAUACAUUUCUUUGUGAAGAAUCUUUACAUGGGGAAUCAAACGGAGGAUCAGUUUCUAAAUUUUGUGAAAGAUAGAGUGUAGAAGGCGGGUCCUUGCGAAGUGAUUUAAAUAACAGAUAAGAAUCAAAAUGAACGGACUAUUGAUAUAGCGAUAGGGAUGCGAUACGACAAUGAUGCCAAAUUGAUAUACAUUGGGAAGAAGCAUAUCAAUUUGGUGUCAAAACAUUAAAGUGAAAAGAAGAUCAUUCCAUAGAUUAGCGAUAUAUUUUUGAUGAUGCUUAGGGAAAAGGGAGAAGUAGAUAAAUCAGCAUUAGAAGAGAAAUUGAGAUAGUAGAGAUUCGGAGAUAAAAAGAGGGAUCGAUCGAGUAGUUAGGAAUCAUCAAAAUCAGAGAAAUCGGAGAAGAAGAAGAAAGAGAAUGCGAUAGUCUUGAAUCUACAAGUGAUCCCACAACAGAAGUAAAUUGCUCCUCCUAUUGUGGAUCUCUAGCCUGUGCAAAUAUCAAUUCCUAAGGAAACAAUUUAUAUCUUUGGGAUCCCAUUAGAAUUCAAUUUAUAGGAGUGUUUGAUGGAUAUUAAAAAUAGAUUGAAAUUAUAGUAAUUACCAGAAGGAACAUUCAAGAGUGAAAAAUAGUAAGAUCAUAUUUUUGAAUAUUUGGAAGUGCAGUUGGAAAUGUUGUAAAAGAAUGUGCAAUUAAAAAUUAAGAAUGUUCCAUGUCUAAUAUGCUAGAAGAAAAAGAAGACGGAUUCCUUUUCAGAUAUUCUCAAAUAAUAUUAAUUAUUCAUCAAAACAUAACACCCUAUCAAUACAAAUAAAUUAUUGAACGUCUUCCAAUAAUAUGGGGAUAUCAUUGGAUUAUAUGAAUUAUUAGUUAAUUAGGAGGAAUCCUCCAACUCUUAUUGCAUAGUCUACACAUCUGAUCAAUUUAUCAAGCAUUUGAAGCCUCCUGGGUAAAUUGAAAUUCCUGAAGAAAAGACAAUUUGCGAAUAUAGAAUACCAGAUCAAAAUGUGGUCUCAUUUCAAAGAAUUCCUUAUAAAAGCACUUUAUAUGCACAAAUAACAAGAGACUCUAGUAGUUCUAGUAGUAGCAGCUCAUCAUCAUCAGUAAUCAGUUUAUUAUGA